AUGAUGGUUUUGACAGAUGAUCAACAAGAGUGUUUGAAGGUUGUCAAAGAUGGCCAUAGUUUCGUGAUAUUAGGCCAGGCGGGCACUGGAAAAAGUGUCCUCGUCUCGGAAAUAUUCAAUCAGUUAUCAGGGACUGGAAAACAUGUUCAAAUUACAGCUACUACCGGAAUAGCUGCAUCUCAGUUUCCCAGUGGUCGCACUCUCCACAGCUGGGUUGGCAUAUUAGAUGGUCGUUUUUCUAAUAGAGAGGCAGCAGAAAGAGUGUCAAACGAUGAAAACACUGCACAAAGAAUAAGAAAAACAAACACGCUCAUCAUAGAUGAGAUCAGCAUGCUCAGUGCAAAGUUAUUCGAUCAGGGACUCUCAUCGUUGAGGUUUUUUGGAAGUCUUCUUGAAGAACAUCGGACCACAUCGUCCUCAGAUUUUAAUUUUUGA